UUCGUCAGUUUUGUUAUAUACGAAGUGAUCAUAAAGAUUUGGUGUGAGAUGUUACGAUUUGCUCUCAAACUGUCGGUUUUGCUGACAAUUUUCACAUGUCAGGCUUAUGAAAUCAGUCUUCUGACGACACUACUGGAUGACCCAGGGGAAUUUAACGUCGAACUGGACAGCGGAGUAAAUCAUCGUUCAGAUGCCUUCAAAUUCACCUCCCACGUUACAAAACUCCCAUUACCGUUUGAAAUAGCGACAAAAAUCAUCACGAAUAUGGACGCCCACGACGCUUUUAUUCUUGUGGUGAAUCUAAAGAUUGAUCCAUACAACCAUGGAACCCUGUUCUCUGCAAGUGGAAACACAAAGGAAGUUUUGCUUGAUGUUUGGGUUAAAAGUGGCGUCAAUCCUGCCGUUGGGAUACGAUAUCUGCCGAUCAACUCGUCUCAGGCUGAGAUAAUAAGUUUUGGCCCUGUCCGUGAUUUCAGACUGAGACGAUGGAAUAAAGUUGUGGUUCAUGUCUAUAGAAUUGGGGUUUUUCAAUCAGUUGUGGAUGUUUACGUGAAUUGCGAAAAAAUUGGACGACGGAUAACGAGGAGUGUUUUGGAUUUAUUUGCCUACAAGAAACAAUUCCGUCCAAACAACGUGGAGUUCCGCAUCGCACAGAAAGGAUAUGGACGAACUGUACACUCACGAUACAUGGGUUCCAUGCAGGAUUUGAGACUGGUUUUUAAGAGAGAUGUCGACACAUUUGUUGCCAAAGAUGUGUGUCGAAUUCCGUUUGAUGCAAAGAAUGAGUUCAUACUGUCAUAUCAUCGAGCAUUAGCUGAACCUGUCCGUGCUGAGUAUGGUGGCCGUGGGGAAGCCACAAGUGAACUAGUGAAUAUGAUCAAAGAUCUACGUUAUGAUCUGACUGUCCAGACUGCUGAAAUAAAAUACGUGAGAGAGCUGGUUGAGGGAUGCGAACUUUGCAGAGUCACUGAUUUCUGCGCGAUGAAGCCAUGCUUUCCCGGCGUUCAUUGCUUCAACGCUCCCAAAUCUAAAGACGGUUUUUACUGUGGUAACUGUCCGUUUGGUAGCCAUGGUGAUGGAAUACAUUGCGAAGAUAUUGACGAGUGUUAUUACAAUCCGUGCUCAGUUCUAUCCAAAUGUAUCAACAAAAACCCUGGUUACACCUGCGAUGCCUGUCCUUUUGGAUACACUGGUUCUAUCCCGACUGGCAUCGGAGUCACGCACGCUGCAACGACAAAACAGAUUUGUGCUGAUGUCGACGAAUGUGAGAUCAACAAUGGCGGAUGUGACAAGCUUGUGGAAUGCAAAAACACUCCGGGCAGUUUUGAAUGCGGACCAUGUCCGUCAGGAUACGAAGGUGACCCGAAGAUUGAGUGUCGCUUUAAACAGUAUUGUGAUCCUGAUAACCCGAAGAGUAACCCAUGUAAUAUGUAUGGUAAAUGCAUCCCGUUGAAUGAUGGAAAAGAGUACAGAUGUGAGUGCCGUAUUGGUUUUGCUGGAAAUGGCGCGAGUUGUGGCUAUGAUAGGGACUCCGAUGGAUAUCCUGAUAAAGCCCUCGACUGUAAGGAUAAGAACUGUUUAAAGGAUAACUGUCCUUACAAAUCAAAUCCGGACCAGAAAGAUCAAGAUGACGACGGCGUUGGAGAUGUCUGCGAUAGGGAUGUUGACAAUGACAGAAUAGAGAAUGAGAAGGAUAACUGUCCAUGGAAGUCGAACAAAGACCAGCGCGACUACGACAGUGAUGGUAUUGGUAACCUGUGUGAUAAUUGUCCUGCUGUAAAGAACCCAACUCAAGAGGAUUUUGAUGAAGAUGGCGAAGGGGAUGAAUGUGAUGAGGACAGCGAUGGUGAUGGGCACAAUAACGACAACGAUAACUGUCCUCUGCUCUCCAACGCCGAUCAAAAGGACACGGAUAACGACGGCAAAGGAGACGUGUGCGAUAAUUGUCCAUUCGCAAGCAAUCCUCGCCAAACUGAUAGAGACAGUGAUUUGCUUGGUGAUGUUUGUGAUACCAAUGUUGACGGAGAUCUUGAUGGUAUUGAAGACACAGUUGAUAACUGUCCUCUUGUUAGUAAUCCUGAGCAAAGAGAUGCCGAUGAUGAUGGAGUGGGCGACAUCUGCGAUGAAGACGAUGAUAAUGAUGCAAUUUAUGAUAGUUUAGAUAACUGUCCGUUGGUAGCAAACAAAGACCAGAAUGAUACUGAUGACUCUGGUAUAGGGGACGUCUGUAAAGGAGACUGGGACGGAGAUGGAGUCCCGGAUACAUAUGACGCAAGCAAAUACAACAACAAGAUAACAUUCACCGACUUCAGAAAUUUACAGAAUGCAGAUCUUGCUGCAAGCGAAAAAGUUCAGGGUGUUCCUGUAUGGGUUGUUAGAAAAAAGGGCACUGAGGUAAAACAGACUGCAAAUAGUGAUCCUGAAGUUGCCGUAGGAAAACACAGAUUUGCCGGAGUAGAUUUCAAUGGCACAAUGUACGUAGAAGCAAAACACGACGACGAUUUUAUUGGUUUUGUCUUCAGUUAUCAAGAUAGUUCCUCAUUCUAUGCUGUGACUUGGAAGAAAACUGAACAGGUCUACUGGAUAGAAGAUCCCUUCAGAGCUGUUGGCAUUUCUGGACUUCAACUGAAGAAAGUAAAAUCAAUUACGGGUCCAGGAAUCCGUUUGCGGAACGCUCUCUGGCACGGGGGAAGCACGGAAAACGAGGUUGAGUUGUUGUGGUCGGACAUUAAACAAGUUGGAUGGGAGUCAAAUGUUAAAUAUCAUUGGCGUUUAAUCCACCGACCUCAGCAAGGAGUAAUCAGAUUAAAAGUCUUCAAAGGCAGAAGAGAGUUUGUAGACACCGGUUAUAUUCACGAUAACACGCUGGCUGGCGGAAGAAUGGGCUUGUACGUGUUUUCUCAAGCUGGUGUCGUGUGGUCUGAUUUAUCUUAUCGAGCGAAUGACGAACCUGAGGAUGAUGAGAACACGGACACCAAUGACAGGUUGUAUCAAGGUAGAGGAAAAUGAACAAAUCCAGAACUUCGGGCAGGAAUGUUGAAAACAUUGCAACUGGCCCGUGAAACUGACUGGACUUUUGGAUUGGAAUCAGUGUAUUCUUGCAUGAUAGACGUAACCUUGCAUACGAAAGAAGGACUCUUCUCAUAACUUGACGACGAAACUAUUCAUCACCUGCACGUCAUAUACACAUGUAGGGAUUAAAUGAGAAUAAAUAUCAUGUACAUAACAGAAUAAUGAAAG